GUAACUACUGAACUAUAGUAAGAGGGCGAAACAAGUACAGUUCAACCCCGUUAUUUCGAACUCUCAUGGGGAACGAAAAAUCAUUCAAAAUAGCCAGUGGUAAAUUAAUGAAAGGCAAAUCCAAGGGAAAUGGUUUUGAGUUCAAAUUAACAUAGAUUUCUAAAAUAACCAAGUUCAAAUCAGUAGGGUCCAACUGUACUUAAUUUUUAACAAGCUACCAGCACCGCGAAUCGACCCACCGUUAAAGUCGGAGCCGGUCAGCUCGGCUCAUAAUAGUGCAGCCAAGACAAAAACGUGAGGUGAUAACUGGCUUGUCUUUUGAUACCAUCAAUUUUAACUUCCCAUCUUAUUCCAAGCGCAUGCUCGGUGAUCCCUCACCACCGGCCUGGACAGUCAUCGAACCAGGUACGCGGAACAGUUUCCAAUUAAUAAACAGCACCUUCUAUGGCUCAGAUGGCCUCGCUCUUCAAUAUAGAGGCGACGGAGUGCUCCUGAAGAACAAUCUGUUUAUGUACAAUGAUUGGUCCGUUGCUAAUAUGAAGGAGAAGCCUGGUGGAUUAGGGACUGUCAUAUCGAGCGGUAGAAACGACAAGUUUUUUCGGAACACUAUGCGCUUUAAUGGGGCAAGCAAUGGAUAUGGUCCUUCAAAGGAAAAUCCCCUUGUCAAGCGGCAACCACAUUCAUCGCCAAUGCGCGGGAAUUUUACAGCACGACGGAGGCAGUGUCCAGUUCCAAAUUGGUGCUCAGGCGAACGCAAAAGUAUUGUUAAACUGGGUUCAUUCCAGCCCCAAGUACGGUAUCCGCUUUGAUGGGCAGCCCCCAAAAGUCGGCGUAAAGGGCACUAUAAUGAGAAACGUGGUGUGGAAAACUAACGGGAUCAUGGUAAAAGGAAAUUUCCACAAAGUUGAAAACAAUCUCGCCUUUGAUAAAAGAAAUGACAAAAGUGGCGAUAAUCAGGGCAGAGGCUGCACUUUGUGCGUUUUGAGGAAAGUUCGUUCAAACCGGACACCAAUUAACGGCAAAACAAAGAUACUGCGCAACGCAGCUGACGCGGCGAGUGAUCCUUCAGCAGGAAAAUGGAAAGACAACAUGGAAGGUGAUGUGCGGACGAUGGUAAUGGAUGCCGACAAUUUGGACUUCCGGCCGCGUAAAAAUUCCGCAUGCAACAAGGCUGAGGCUGGACCAUACCUGAUCAGUUACAAUCCUAGGAGCAGGGAGUAUUGGAUUCCCGGAAGAAAGCUUUACAAGGCGAGCACGUCCGUCCCCCCUAAUGGUAGUACCACGGUGAAGGUAAAUGAAACUGAAAAUGAAUCUACAUCCUUUGACUUUUGUACUGUGUUUGUUGAGUGCCUUUACAUUAAUAUCAAAAUUAGAUUAUUCACAUUUUUAUGAUAUAACAUCACCAAC